AUCAUUCUCCCGCUCUCUUUUCUUCUUCCACCCUCCAACGCGUCUCUGCCUGUCAAAUCGUGGUGUUCAGCCGCAAGCCAUUCUUUUAAAAACCAGUCACUCUUUAAAUCGCACAAGUCGCUCUUUUACGGACCCCUCGUCUCUCAUUGUUUUUGCAGAUCACCCGUUGUUGUGCAACCGUCCCAAAACAGCAAAGAUGCGCUUCUCAAUCACCGCCGUUUUCGCUUUUGCGACCGCCGUCAUGGCUCAAACCGAAGGUUUCAACGUCAUUACGAAGCCCGUAAAGGGCGAGCAAGUACCUGCCGGAUCGACGUAUGAGAUCGUGUGGCAGCCCAGCGCCGCCCACCCGGGUGAGAUCACGAUCGGCCUGCUUGGUGGAGCCUCUCCCCAGACUCUGUCCGUCGUUGACACUAUCGCGACGGCCGUCGACGGUGAGGCCGGCACCUACAGCUGGAGCGUGCCCUCUACCCUGGGCGACCUGGAGACCUACGGCAUCAUGAUCACCCUGGAGUCCGACGAGAGCGUCUUCCAGUACGGCUUCCCCUUCCAGAUCACCCCCGACGAAAGCGGCAGCUCGAGCUCGGCCGAGGCCACCGCUACCGCUACCCCGACCGACUCGGAGGAGCCCGAGGAGACCCCGACCACCUCGACCAAGGGCUCGACCAAGACCGCCAACUCCAGCGUCACCAGCACCACCUUCGCCGUUCCCUCGUCCACCAUCGUCUCGUCCACCGUCCAGGGCAACCUGUCGACCACCGCCAGCCCCUCGUCCACCAUCACCACUAGCGUCAUCUCGGAGACUCCCAGCGAGACCUCGACCUCCACCUCCAGCAUCGCUACCAACGGCGUUGCCCCGCUCGCCGCUGGCUCUUUUGCCAUGCUCGGUGGUGUCGCCAUGGCCGUCCUUGCUCUUUAAGCAGGAUUGUGACGGUUGGGUUUUUUUUAAUUGGUGGUAAUGGUUUUCGAGCGCGGUUGUGUGUGGAUUUAUUAUUCCCGAGUUGCAGGAUCUGCACCAAAAUGACUAGUCACCAUAAUGGCAUCACGAAUGGAGGGGUUUGCAUUGCAGUGUAUUUUGUUUUGUGUGUGGCGGCGCGUUUGAUGGCCGGAGAGAGGGCGUUGUUGAAUGUGAUAGAUACCCCUUGUUAAUGUCUGUUACACCACCGAGCCAAAGUGAUGCAGCAUCUGCAUGCAUGUUGCCGUCUAGCUGCAUUUCGCUGUCCUCGCCAACCACUGCACACGUGUACCUGCAUGUGCCUGCGCUGUUUCUUUGACUGCUUGCACA